CAACUAGCAUAUCCAGGAACAGCCCACAAACAACUUUUUGCACGUUUAGGAACGCAAUACGCAAACCUGGCUCUGCUGUCUUCGUGGGCCACGACGAAUGCCACGCACGGCUGCCUCGUCUUCAUUCUCCAUCGUCGCCCUCGCGUCCCUUCAUGA